AUGUGCAGUUCAGAAAUAAGCGAAGAAGAGUGUCACAGCCUGGUAGUCACAGAUGUAGACGUUGGGUUUUGUGAUCAAUAAAACUGGUUUUAUAAAACUGACCGUUCUCCAGAAUGUAAUGUUUUUUAAUCAACUGAUGAUUGUGAGGAAAUCGGCGCUACAAACGCUCUAGUUUUUGGAAACGGUGAAAUUUUAGGGCGCAGAUGGAGGCUAACGCAAGCUAAAGUUUCGGGUAACAACAUUUAGCACCUCUGAGUUUGUGUCAAACAUCCACCAACCAUGGCAUCAGGUAUGACAUACUUAGUCCAUUUAUAACACCGAGUAACUUAUUAUUAAUGCUGCUUGUCAUAUAACAGCAGAGAGUUACCUUGUUUCAUUGUUUGUAGAGGAUGAAAUCAACCUGCUGGUCAUCGUCGUGGAUGUGAACCCGAUUUGGUGGGGAAAGCAAGUCCAACGUGAACCAGAGGUAGUGAUUUUAAGCUGAAUCAAACUUUAACCAAUUUCAGUGACAAUGUUUCUGUAAUGAUGACUGUGGCUAAGUUAAACCCCUCUGCUCUCUUGUCUGAGUCCAGUUCACCCUGUCUAAGUGUGUGGAUGCAGUCAUGGUGAUGGGGAACUCACACAUGGCCAUGACCAGGACCAACAAACUGGCUGUGAUCGCGAGUCACUGCACAGACAGGUAACAGGAGAUGUUAGUGAACAGAUCAGUUUGCAUUGAUUCAGUUAAUGGCUUCCCUGUGUGCCACCCCAUAAAUCUAGUUAGCUAGUUAGAAAUAUUAAAACUUUACUGUAAACUGCUGGUAAACACAUCUGUUGUCUCCUUACUUGCAGUUAUUUUCUGUUCCCUGGUAAGAGCUGGAGUGGCGGGGACAACGGUGGAGAGGAUGCAUCCUCCAGUGGGGAUGGAAAAUAUGAACUCCUGUCGGUCGCUAAUAACCUGAUUGCUGAAGAAAUCAGGAAUGUCAUGUCAAAAAGUAAGUCUGGUUUCAUGUGAGAUAAACAACUUCAAUCGACUCGUGUUCUUGUGACGUGGUUUUGAGUUUCUGUGAAAUGCUGAUGUUACUUAUUUGUUGAAAUUGACUGUGUGUUUUAUGUGAUCAAAGCUGAAGUCAGGGGAAAUUCAACUGAGACUCUCCUGGCUGGAUCUCUAGCCAAAGCUCUUUGUUGUAUCCUUUCAUGAAAACUGUUCAUCAGUUUUACUAUUUAUGACAAAGAUACCUGGUGUAGUUUUAGUGUAGUUGUGUUUGGUGACUGAGAUUGGAUUUGUACAUCAGCAGCACCUAAAUUUUUCUUAACCCCUUCAAAUUCAGACAUUCACAGAAUCUCAAAAGAGUUGGAAGGUAAUUAAGUCCCUGUUUUUAGUAGCUAUAAAAUCCAAAUAAAGAAGUUAUGAUUUGUUUCUUUCAAUCUUAACUUUAUGUUGUGUACUCCUUCUCAUUUGUAGCUGGACAGGAGAUAAAAUCAAGAAUACUGGUAAGUCCUAAAUGAUCCAGUUUUGUCUGUUCUCAUGUCUCAUUACUGUGAUUGCGAUCACAGUCUCCUUAUUUACCUGUACAGGUGAUAAAAGCAGCAGAGGACUGUGCCCUACAGUACAUGAACUUCAUGAAUGUCAUUUUUGCUGCCCAGAAGCAGGUAAAGUUUUCGAUUUUGCUUUUGAUUCAGUCUUCUGGUUUCUUCCAGAGAUGCUUGUUGAAGGUAAAUAACACCUUAGAUUUGUGUUUUUCAAACAGAAUAUCCUGAUAGAUGCCUGUGUGUUAGACUCAGAUUCAGGUCUCCUCCAACAGGUACAUUUUCUGACUUUGUAACUCAAUCCAGAUAAUCAUCCAUAUAAAUUGCUCAUAUGUUACUAAUUCUUGUAAGAGUCCUUUAUAUGUCCAGCGCAACGAGGGUUUUUAACCCUUUUUGUCUUACAGGCUUGUGACAUAACUGGAGGACUGUAUCUAAAGAUACCACAAAAACUUGCUCUGGCACAGUACCUUUUGGUGAGUGUUUUAACCUUAGACACGAAAGUCAAGUUCACGCAUCUCACAGCUUCAGGGCCUGUCCACGUGUAUAAAUUUGGUGUGUGAAGGACUUUGCUGUAUUUGUGUUCUGAACAGUGGGUGUUCCUGCCUGACUCAGAGCAGCGCUCACAGCUGAUUUUGCCUCCGCCUGCGCAUGUCGACUACAGAGCGGCGUGUUUCUGUCAUCGUAACCUGAUAGAGAUUGGUUACGUGUGUUCAGUAUGUCUAUCAAGUGAGUCUUAUUCUCAUUGUCAAGAUUAAUUAAUUAUUAACAAUCUUAAGUACACAAGUGAACGCUGUUUUCAUGGUGGUGCCUUCUCUUGUAGUUUUCUGCAACUUCAGCCCGAUCUGCACGACAUGCGAGUAAGUCUUUUUUAAUUGUGCACAGAAAACUUGAAAUAACUGAUUGAUUUUUUUUUCUCUUAUGCGUCACCAUGGUGAUUAAAUAUGUUUUUGUUUUCAGGACUGCCUUUAAAAUUCAACUCCCACAGAUGGUCAAACCCAAAAAGAAGAAACUCAAGCAGGCCACAUGAUGCUGGCUGCCAUCACACUGCUGUGGAGUGUGUAUGAUUCUCAUUUUGAUGCCCAGAAUAUAACAUUUCAUUUGGUUUAUGAGACAAGAGGUAGCGACAUUUUAAUUAUGUCCUGGUGUGUUAACAGAGGCUGAGACUUUACCAGGAGCUGCUCUCACGAAAAUACUUGAUAAAACUCGUCUGAUAUGAGUUUCAAAGUCCAUUCCUGAAAUUAAUCCAAAAUACCUCUUCUAUUUAAACUGUUGACUUUUGAUUAAAGUGUUCUUUUUACAAACCUCCA